CAAGGGACGUUGGAUAUAUUGAGCCAAACAGUGGCUUCACCUGGCCUGCCACGCAUUGCCGAAUUCAAAACAGCCAUUCGAGUCUUUCGCCAUGCACGACAGGCCUUUAUAUGGUCAACGACAAACUCGCCUGCAGAAUCCGGAAUUUGCAUUCCUGUCGGCUUGUCAUACUACCAAGUGGGCGUUCUGUCAAUUCCCGAUGAGUCGAUUCAUCUCGCUGCGGUAAUGCAGUUCUCCGGAUUUCGCAGUGUGGUUGGAUCUAUGUGGCCCGUUGACGAUGAUGUUGCAGGCUAG